CCCCAGCACACGACCAAUGUCGUCAAUUGUACGGCCACCAGACCCCUGCCUGGUCGCCAUAAUCCUAAUCGUCCGAUCGCAAGCCGGCCCGCGCUUCGUCUUCCACUACCCGCCGAACCCACUCAGCGAGAACGGGCUCCGAGGCGCGGCCAAAGCGCGGCGGCCCUCGCGCACGAAAUCCAAAAGCAACGACUCCAGCUCCAGCGAGGACAGCAGCUCGAGCUCCUCCGAAGAUGAGGACGAGACCCAGCCACCCCAGAACCAAUCGCACAUGGCCGGCAGCCACCCCGUGGCGGGCCGACGGUCGAGCAAUUUCGGCCUAGACGAUGGAGUGAUGUCCGCGUCGCCGGGCGGGGAGUCGCAGCGGGCGGGGUCGGUCGGGUCCGGACGAGGGAUGAUGCGCAAGCGGGGGACAAAUUCGGACGCGGAGGACGAUGCGGGCGCGGCGUCGGAUCGACAGGACGAUGAGGCUGGAGGGGACGGGGGCCCGUAUCGGCCGCCGUGGGAGUCGCUGUUGGGGCUUCCGGCGGAUGUGUGGGAGAAGUUGCUGAGUCCGUCGCGAUCGUGGCAUAAGCGGCGGUUUGAGGUCGGGAUCAACGAUCUGGCGUUUGUGGGGUGGCCCGUGUUUAUGCGGGAGGAUGGGACGUGGAGGAAACAGAGGCGGAAGAAGAGGAAGCCUCGGGCGGCGUGGGAGGGGGGUGAGCUGGGGCAUAAUGAGAACCCUGGGGAUGACGCGGAGGAGGAUGUCAGGGACGAUGAGGCGAUUGAUGCAUCAACGGAGACCCUGAGUCCCAAGCAGAUGGCUGCCUCGGAGUCGCAGUGGAUGUCCAUGGCGAGCUCCAAGUCGAUUAGAACGAUGAGUGAGUCAUUGGAUGCGGAUGAUAAAGAUUCGAUGACCAUGUUCAAUGUGGCGUUCGUGCUGGAUCCUCCGCUGUUGGAGUAUUCCAUGCGACUACGCGAGAUCUAUGAUAACAUUAUCAAGAAGUUCUCCAAGGCUCUCAAGUGGGAGCAGGCACGGACGGGUUAUGUUUGGAAAGAGGCCCAGCAUAUAUCGCAUAUCAAGGAGAAGGCCAAGGAGAAACGAAUGUCUAUGAAUGGCCUCUAUUCGGAACUUAUCAAUCAGUCUUCUCUUGCGAGGGCAAUCUACACUAUGUUCACGAGCAUCUCGGCGUCAAAGAUUGCGUCUGUGACGCUGAGUGCGGAUGUGUCCAUCUCGCUGCAAAUUCCCCCGCUGACAUCAACGCCAUGGCUUCCAGGCCCGACUGACAAGGCAUACCCGGGUCUCUGGCUCACAACGGCAGACAGUGUCACCCCUAUCGAUGACCCCACAGCCGAUGAAAACACCGCGCCGCACCAGGUGCUCGCCAAGCACUUCGCGCUGCUAUUGCUGGACAAUGAAGCGGCCAUCCUCAAAGAUGUGGAAGCAUCAGGCGGUGCUCUCGCCCCAGCGCUUGCCCACUAUAUCCGAUGCUCGAAGCCAACGAAGUCGUUUGCGCAGAUAUCCGUCUCGUCUGGCAUACCGCUGUCCACUAUCCAGAUGCUGGCAAGCCAUCUGGUGUACUGGAGAAGAGCACGCGCUAUCCCGCCACUCCAUCAACGGGAUACUUACGUUGUGUCCCCUAACUGCGACCUGAGCAAGCUGGAGCUGGCCACCUCCGUGUAUCAAACAACAUUCCCGACUCUUCCUAGUCUGCCAAAGAUGCUGUCCGCGAUGAGUGGAACACCCAGACCCUAUGGAAGCUUCAUCCCAAGUAAGGAUCACAAAGACACGUACUUCACCAUCCUCGCAUGGCUCUUGCGAGGCGGUUGGGUGACUCAGCUGCGCGCGUUCGCGAGAAUCAAGAUACCCCCCGAGAUCAAGAUGGCCGUGGAGACGGUUCUUCGCCGGGAGGAGGUGGAGCAAUACCUGAGGAAGAGAUCCUCCGACGAGACCAAAGAAGACUUCGACGAUGUCAGCUCAUCAUCAUCAUCGUCGCUCGACAGCCACGACAGCGGCGAAGAAACCCCCAUGCCGGGCCGAUACAAGCAAGACAACGAGCUCGCCGUCUCGCAUUCCUUCCUCGACCGAAACACCUCGCUGAAAACCUCCUCGCUCAUCCACUACCCGCACCGCGCCUCCCCGCUGGAAUCCCGGUGGCUGGACGAAGUCAUGUCGCGAUUCCCCGACCUCCAAGGCGGCGAGGUUUCUGACGGGGAUCUGGAGUAUGUGGGGCUUCAAACGUCCCUGAAGAAGUAUUGGCCGACCUUCAUCAAAUACUUUAACGGGUAUGACGCGCUGGAGAAGAUCCCUGUCCGGGAGAGCCUGAAGCGGAAGCUGGUUUGGCAGAUCCUUAUGCGCCUGGGACUGGUGACGGGGCAGCAGUCGUCGAUUCAACUGGACUCGAGAGAGCAGGUGCUGGUGAGUGUGCGGCAUUGGUAGAUGAGUUAUGAACCUUGGAUGGAACUACCACCUUAUCUUAAUACAGAUGGAACGAG